GAUGUCCAUGUUAUAAAUUUAUCGGAAUAAAUAUUUGAAGUCUUCUCGGAGACAUGAUGGACCAUCUAAUAUGGUCCUUCAUAUCAAUAUGGACCACGGUGUCCAUGGCUAAAGUUAAUAAUGGGAAUUUCUUGAACUUUAAGCUUGGAUACAAGUAUGAUUAUAACUUUGAAUCUACGACAACAAUUCCAGAGAUAGGAACGUUUGAUAUCAAAUCAAAGAUUAGCUUAAUAAACAUAAAAGAAGCCGACGGAUUCCAAGAACUGCUUCUUAAAAUUGACAAUUUUCAUUUCGAAGAAGCAUCGCACCCAGAUGUUCGAGGACAUGAUAUGGAUUUGGCAAAGUGGUUUUCCUUUGAGAUAACAAGUUAUGGGAAAAUUCUCAAGGUUUAUUAUCCAUCUGAUGAAGAUGACCAUGUCUUAGCCACAAAGAAAGGUCUUGCUUCUCUCUUAUCAGCAAAACUAGAUAUCAUAGAAAAGGUAUCUGAUGUCACAGAGAAGGAGAAGAUUUAUUAUGCUAAAGAAACAGGACAUGAAGGUCUACAUAACUCAACAUACACUGUCAUAAAGACAAAAGAUGGAUUGGAAUUUACUAAAAUCAGGGAUGGACAUCCAGUUGGAAAUGCUGGUGGGAAAUGUCAGAAGAUCCUUCAGUAUCAUGAAGCCCUCAGAAUUAUACAGAGUGUGGAAGUGGAUGAAGAAUUCAUAUCUCCAAAGGCUCCAUCUGGCUUUGAUCCAGAAAAAGGGAUGAGAAAAGUUAAAGGAACAGUAAUUAAAAACAUAGUGUUUCCGGAAAUGACAGCCAGAAGUCAUGGGAGACUACAAUAUCUAUCUAACCAGUAUGACAGUGUACACACUAAGUCAGAGGUUGGUCUACACACUGGCAGUAUUUCAGUAGACAAGGUUAGAAGGAGUUUACCACAGAUGAGUGUGAAAGAGGCUUGGCAGUAUGUGAAAGGAAAUGUUACCUGUGUCAAACUGAAGGAAAGAACAGAUGAGAAGAUUAAAGCCAGUUACUGUUUCCAGAAGAUAGUACAGAUACUCAGAUAUUUGAAGACAGAAGAUUUGAACAAGAUUGCUGACUUUGUUUUUGUUAAUUCAAAACUAAGACACAUGACAGCUGUUGAUCCUGCCAUUGUACUGGAUGCCUUUGGUGUUCUUGACACAAACACAACACAGGACAUCUUAGCAGACAAAGUCAUACUGGUUCCCAGACCUGAUCCAAGCCUUAUCAGUAGGCUCUUAACACAUUUAGUAGGAAGCUCAAAACCACCUAGUCAGGUAAAGAUUUUUAAAUUUUGCAGACAAUAA